AUGUUCCGUGACUGCCCCUCGGGUCAGCUGAGUAAAAAGAAGUUUAUCGAAGUCUACUCUGGAUUUUUCCCUGACGGUGAUGCCGACCAGUUCUGCACGCACGUCUUUCGGACAUUUGACAAGGAUAAUUCAGGGAAAAUAGACUUCAAGGAAUUCCUCUUGGCCAUUAACAUAACAUCUGGCGGUCAACCAAAGGAGAAAUUGGACUGGGCCUUCCAGAUUAUGCUGGGAGCUGAUGAGACGACAGUUGACCUGACACCCGAGGCAAGAACAGAAGAAAUAUUCGAGAAGAUGGACUUCAAUCACGAUGGCGUACUUACUCGAAAAGAGUUCAUGGAUGGAUGCAUUGCGGAUCAACAGCUUUAUUCCAUGCUGUUGGCCGAUGAUUCAGCUGAAUAG